ACACAAAAAGUUCAGUUUCAGUUUCGUUGUUGUUUGGUUUGGUUAGUUUUAGUUGGUUAGUUGGAAUCUCAGGACGGCGGACUACGGAGAAGCGGUAAACGGUAAUCGCGUUGUCCGGCGAAAGCGAAACGCGCGCGCCUCUCGCCUUCUUUUCUCUCAGUGCAAAUGCAGGUCAGCGAAAGCUUCUAGUGCGUGAUAGAAGAGAGACAGAGGGAGAGAGAGUGAAAGAGAGUCGGUGCGUGGCCUGUGUGUGUGAGUGAGAGCGCGAAGAAAGGAGGAUCUGCGGCAAGAAGAAGAGCACAGGGACGCGAAGUGCAACAACAAGAAGAGAGCUUUGUUGGAAAGUUGUGACCGCAGUAACUGUAAAUGCCCGCACGGAUAUUCGUGACUGUGAACGCAGGGCACAUGUGCAUCUGGUUCCGUGAUUUGUGAUUAGUGAUUUGCUCUUUUUAGAUUUUAUUUUUGUUUUUCCUUUAUUUUUUUGGUCUCGCGUUUGUGUUUUAUUUUUGUUUUCUUUUUAUUUCGCGUGUUUUGCCGACGUUGCCGUAGCCGAUGAGCCGCCGUCUGAGGCUAAAAGACAUUAACCGUUAAGUGUGGCAAGGGUUACGUUGCGUUCCCACCAGUAAGAUACUUUUGAAAUGCAAACGCCGCCAGUCCGCAGCAUCUGCAGCAAGGAGAACAACAGCGAACAGAGGGGACGCAUCAGCAGGAGAAUCCGCCAGUGAAGCACUCGGAAGAAUCUGAAUCUGAACCCGAAUCGGCAGCGGAGAAGCGCAGAGAAGAAAGACCAGACCACGGUCCCAGCGUUGCGCUUCCUCAGCAGAAUCGGGGCAUCCAAUAAGCUGCUGACAGAACAAAAUUCCCCAAUGGAGACGAAGAAUCCCCCGCCGGUGACGAGCAGCUACCACCACCAGCGGGCGCCGCGCACCCCCGAGUCGUACUUCAAUGUGCCGGAGUCGGUGGCCCUGCUGAACAUCGUCAAGUCGGAGCGCAUCCAGAGCGCCUUCCAGUCGAACCGCAAGAACCAUGCCAGCGUGUGGGAGAUGGUGGCCGAGGUGCUCAACCGCUUCAGCACCCGCAAGCGGACGGCCAAGCAGUGCUGCAACCGGUACGAGAACCUCAAGAAGAUCUACACGCAGCUGAAGAAGAACCCCGAGCGCCAUGUGCGCCGCAACUGGCCGUACAUGUUCCUCUUCAAGGAGAUCGAGGAGCAGCGCGGCGAGUGCUGGGGCUCGAACGGCAAGCGCCUGGCCCUGAUCACCAAGAACCACAACGAGCUCUCCUACUACCAGCGCCGGCGGCAGGCGGCCGAGCUGGGAGUGCUGCUCACCAAGGACAACCUCACCCCGCAACAGCACAGCCUCCUGCAGAGCCUCAGCCAGAGCGGCCAGAGCCACUCGCACGCCCACUCCACGGACUCCUCGCAGAGCGGGAGCAAGCUGGAGCGCUUCCUGCCCAACCACUUUGUGGAGGCGCAGCUGAACGAUGGGGCCUGCCCCGUGGGCGGCUCCGCCUCCGGCCUGCCCGGCGGUGGCGGCGUCCCCGACGAGAAUCCCUUCCAGAUGCAUGUGGCGGCCGCGACAGCAGCAGCCGCCGCUGCCGCCGUGGCCGCCCAGAAGCGACACGAGCUCCAGAUGGCCAGUCUCGGCGGCGGGGUGCCGAUGGCAGCCGAGGACGACGACGAGGAUGAGGCACAGCGUCCAGCAUUUAAAAACCACCUCCAUGGCAUGGGACACGGCCACGCCCUUGGCCUGGGGCAUGGUCCCAUGGACGACGGCGGCGAAGGACCCGACUUUGAGAAGGACUGCAAUGGAGCCCUCAACAUGCACCACCAGAACAACAACCACCACGACAACAACAUAUCCAUGAAGUCGGAGCCCCUUUCGGAGGGCGAGUUCAACCCGGACGACAUCCAGCUGAUGCAGACGAACUACAAUGGGGCGCAGAACUACUAUUCGCCGGGAAUGGACCCGAACAUACUGCACCCCGACGUGAUCGUCGACACGGACAACCUGUCCGACUGCUCCUCGUCCACCACGCUGAAGAAGAAGCGCAAGAUGUCCACCUCCACGGAUGGCGACAGCACCAACUACGAGCUGAUCGAGUAUCUGAAGCGGCGGGAGAAGCGCGACGAGGAGUUCCUCAAGCGGAUGGAUGCACGCGAGGAUCGGCUGAUGAACCUGCUGGAGCGCACGGUGGUGGCCAUUGAAACGCUGGCCGUGAGACGGUCACUGCAGUCGCUCCCAGUGGCGGCGGCGGUCAGGGAGGAGAAGCAGACGCCAGCGGCAGCCGCACCCUGUGGACCCUUUUCACCGCCUCCAGAGGCUCAGUUCGCAGCGCCACCAGCAGCACCAACAGAGCAGCCCCACAAUGGCAUUGUGGUCACACCAGGCAGUAGCAGCAGCUCCUUGCCCAGUGGCGGGGACCAGAUAAGCACCACCAUCGAGGUGCCCGACGACGGCGACAGCAGCGGCGAGGAGGCCCCGGUCACGGACAAGGCUGCCCCGGUGCCGAAAGCUGGCGAGGAGGAGCGGGCCGAGGUCAAGCAGGCGUAGAAUACAGCACACUACUUUAGCAUACGGUCGCUUGCUAGAUCUACUUAAGACUUCUACCUACCUACCUACAUGUAAUCCCUCCGGAUGGGGACACCGUGCCAAAGAAGAGCCACGUCUCGAAUUCUUAUUGAGAUUGCCAUUUUUACUUAGUGAGCCAACGCAUCGUGCUCAGCGGCCGAGAUACACUUAAUGGAAUGCCGAGCACCGCAAUUAUUGUUGCAGCAAUACCUUUAAAUCUCUUAACAUUAGCUUUUAGUUAGGCGGAAUCCCACCUACGCAUGCCAAAUGAAUCCCAGCGCAGAGCG